AUGGAUAACGCUCUCAGACAGCUUGUCCUAGAAAUAAAUCGUCAGUUUGCAUCCAGUCGUCUCGAUGGACAUUUGGAGGCAACGACAAAUGGCGGGGUGAUAUCACGCUGGAAACAGGGACAUGAGUAUCGAUUGUUACUGUCUACACUCAAAAACUGCCUCUCUUCAUCUCAGGAACUACCAGGAGAUGUUCAGAUGGAGCAACUUUCUCAACCUCAGGAUCUAGCUCUCUGGCCCAUUCUGGCUUUCUGUGAGCCUGAGUCGUCUAUAGAUCCAGAGGCCAGCAAGUCACAAUCGAAGGCUCUCCAAUCCGUCCGCAGUAUGAGGGCAUUGACGGGGCAGCUAAGUAUACAAUCUGGACGUGAAGUUUGGAAAGGUCCACUUGCACUCAAAUGGGCUUCUGAGGAGCAAUCAUCCCUGAUUCUGAUUGAAGGCUCAUACCAAACAGUGACUGACAUUGAAAGUUCUGCCCUAGACGUGAUAGAAUACUUUGAAGAGCAUAAUCAACGAGUUAUUUGGAUUCUCAACGACCAAAGCUUCUAUCUAAAUAAGUGGAACAGCAGCACCCUUCUCAAGCAGAUUGCAGUCCAGAUUCUCAGCAAAAACGGAACCAUUAAGUCCCUGAGAGAUCUGGCUCUCAUGGUUGAACGUUUCCGGGCAGCCUGCUCCGAAACUGAUUGGUUCAGUAUAAUUGCCGCCUCCCUAGAGGGAUUCUCACCCGUGUACAUGGUGAUCGACCUAGGUCCGCUACGCGUUUGGAAAACCCAAACUCCCUCGUUUGGCAUUUUUCAGCAACUAUUUGAUGCUUUGGGAAAAGAAACAAAUGCUAUCGUCAAAAUGGCACUAUUCAGCUUUUACGGUUUCCAGGGCCACGUUUCAACUUCCAAAGCACCUAUUGUUCGACUCGCUUCCCAGGGCGUUCGGAGUCCAUCUACCCCAAGCACUAUUCUUGGACAGGAUCCUAGAGCGAGAAAUCCUCGCACAAAGAUUGGGCUCCCACUACUGAGAGAAAUUGAAGCCCUAAUUCCAGUGCCUCCCCUUUGGCAGGAACCAAGUGUUGGUCAAGAGUUAGGCGGUGUAGCUGCUAGUAAACAUGUCAAAGGUCCAAGAGACUGGUUCCAAGAGAUGGAAUCAUUCGAAAAAUGCGUGGACGCCUCCAGGAAAGAACCUGACGAGUUAUCACCCCGAGUAAAAGUUGCUCUUCUAGACACGGGAGUGGACCUUUCACAUCCAUAUAUUGCAAGGGAGUUCCAAGAUGGACGAAUUAAGUGCUAUGAUUUUGUACAAGACACGAAUACCAUCGAAGAUAUUGAUGGGCACGGCACGCAUUGCAGCUCCAUUCUAGCGAAGCUCGCACCCAAUGCUGAAAUAUACGUUGGUCGAGUUCUCGUUAAAUCCCAAGCAGAGAGGAACAGUCCUGCUACAUUGACUAGGGCCAUCCAGCACGCCUCCAAUAUCUGGAAAGUCGACAUAAUUUCGCUCUCACUAGGAUUCACUGAAGAUGACGAAGAUCUACGGGACGAAAUCAGGAAAGCGUGCGCGAGUAACAUACUGAUCUUUGCAGCGGCAGCAAAUAAUACAACCAAUGAAAUCACGCCAAUCCGCUUUCCAGCUAGGAUGAAGGAGGUAUUCUGUAUUUUCGCAUCCAAUGGCCACGGCCGCCCGUCAGAUUUCAACCCUCAGCCCAAAUCCGAUCGUCCCAAUUUUACAUUUCCAGGUGAGAAGGUUGAAGGUGCUUGGCCUGCGGGUAUACCUACGGAAGGGAGUUUUGUGCGGAAAGACGCAGUAUAUAAGAGUCAAGAUGGGACUUCUUGUGCGACUCCGGUUGCAGCGGCUGUUGCGGCGGGAAUUUUGGAGUUCGCAUGGCAGGAAAGGGAAAAUCAAAUUAGACGCGUCAGAUUGCUAAAGCAUUAUAGUGGGAUGUCUGAAAUUUUCCUGAAGUUGAUGGUGGAUGACUAUAGGAUUGGAGAUAAUAGUUACCGCUAUGUUAAGCCUUGGAAACUCAUUUCAUGCUAUGCGAGGAAAGACGAGAUACCGAUUCACAUGUCACAUAUAACAGAUCAUAUUGAUGGUUAG